ACUCUCACCGGAUGUUCAGAGGAGGUUGCCUAAAAUUCUCCACGGAGAGAUGGGCUCAGUUGGGAGCAAACCAGUUCAUUUUAAACACUAUAGCCAAUUACCGCUUGCCAUUCAGAAGCAAACCUCCCCUGACAUACCCCGGUCAGAACUUUUUAAAGUGUAUAGCCACCAAAGUUUCCCUGGAAAUGACAAGAGUGAUUCAGGAUUUAAAGAUGCAGGGCAUCCUGGAGAAGCCAGCAGUGGUGGAUCCCGGUUUCUUCUCCAAAAUGUUUUUAAUAAAGAAGGCGGAUGGGGGAUUGAGACCCAUCUUCGACCUCAAGGCUUUGAACAGGUACAUAGCCACAAAGCAUUUUUACCUAAUUUCACAAUUAGACAUAGUUACCUUUCUUCAAGCAAACGACUGGCUAGUGAAGAUAGAUCUUCAUCAAGCCUAUUUCCAUUUGUGUGUCGCGGAGACUCACAGACGGUUUUUGAGGGUUGUUUACAAUGGAGAAAUUCUCCAGUUAACUGCUCUGCCAUUUGGCCUAUCAUCGGCGCCCCGUGUAUUUGCGGCAGUCUCAAACUGGGUGGCAGAGAUCCUCAGGAAUCGAGGCAUUCGUCUUUUGGUCUAUUUGGACGACUUCCUCCUAGCUUGUCAGGACAGAUCCAAGUUAAUGGCACAAGUUGCGGAAACGUUGGCCGUCUUGGAGUCUUUGGGAUGGCACGUGAAUUACCAGAAGUCGGUGACGGAACCAACACACAGGUUGGAAUACUUGGGCCUGGUCUGGGAUACUCAGUACCUAACAAUCGCCUUGCCCAUCAGAAAAGUAGAAGGAAUAAAAGCCUCCCUGACAAAGCUAUUAAAGCGGGACAACUGCUCGUUAAGAGAGUUGCAGAGCGUGUUGGGAAAACUAAACUUCGCCAACUAUGCGAUUCCCCAGGGCCGUCUUCACUGUCGAAAGGCCCAACUCUUCCUGAGAAAGUUCUCCCGGAGAAACCAGAAGAGAAACUUGAGUUCCGGAGUGCGAGAGGACUUCCGGUGGUGGUUGGAAGCAGUAGAGGGCUGUCCAAACCCGUUACUCAAGAAAGAGGUAACGCAUUUCUUGACCACAGACGCAGCGGAUGCGGGCUGGGAGCAAGUCUAAACAGCAAGUAUCUCU